AUGCCUUACAUCGUCGCCGUUACUCCUAACAUUCCCCCCGCCGACAAGGACGACUUUCUCGGACACUGGCCCGCGAUCAAGGCCGAUAUUGCCAAGCAGCCUGGUGUUCUUGGUGUUUCCGGCGGCGAGGUGAUUGGAGAGAACUUUGGACCGGUGUCUGAGUUUAAGUUCUUUCAGACCAUGGCGUUUGCAUCGGCAGAAGACGAAAAGGCCUUUGCCGACUCUGCGUGGGCCAAGGAGCAUUUCCAGAAAGCCGCAGCGAAGAUGGGCGCACCUCCAUUGAUCAGGAAAUUCCAAACCAGCGAAUUCCCAGCGGACAAGCCCAAGGCCUUGACCCAGUUCACGUUUCUUGAAUUGGCAGAUGGAAGCCAGCAUGAAGGAGCGACGCAGGCGUGGAUGGAUCUUGUUGCCGCGAUCGGCGGCAACUCGAUGGGUGGUGCUAGCGCUGACGACGGCCCGACAACCGGUCUUGGUGUUCUUGGGUGGGAUAGCAGAGAUCAAGCUAUCGAGACAUACAAGAAACCUGAGGUUUCGGCUGCCUGGGAUAAGUAUAAGACUUUCGGAAAGGUCAUCACUAUUCUGAGCGAAUUAUCAGACUUUGUAUACACCUCAUCACCAUUCUACUUCAUCAACAUGUCUUCCGGCGGUGGUUCCAGCAGCAACAACGGCUCAGGCGCAAACCAGUACGGCUCUGGUGGUUAUUCCAAGAACGACUCUUUUGCCUGGGGAUCUAAGGGCCAGUCCUCCUCUGGUACUUACAUCGACAAUAAGGGUUACAAGAGAAACACCAGGGACGACUCUUACACCUACGAGUACCCUCCCAGGAUGUACAACCCCGACGGCAGUGUCAAGCAUUCCUAA